AGGAGCUAUUAAUGCAAAGGCGUGAAGAGGAGGGUAGAGGUAAAGAAAGACGAAAGGCUCUCUUGGAGAAGGAAGAACGUAAAUGGAAGGAGAUAGAAGCUUCUCUCAUAUCCUCUAUUCCUAAUGCUGGAAGCAGGGAAGCAGCAGCCAUGGCAGCUGUUGUUCGUGCAGUAAGAGGUGAUUCUGUUCUUGAUGUUUCUAGCAUUGCUCGCAGGAUAUGUUCAACUCAGUUAGCUCACCGAGCCCUUCAGGUGUGUGCUUUUGUUCUUACUUGGACUAUGUGACAAUUGGAAGAUGUUUCGGCUAGAAAAGCAAAGG